CCAGCAGCCCCCACUGCUCGUGCGGGGAGGCAGGAGGAGGCUGCGGAGGGAGUGCCCGGGCUCCUCGGGGGCUUCCUCUAGAGAGCAGCUUAUGGCCAACCGCUCGCCACUGGCCACACAAACCGCACCAUGGCCACUCACUCCAGCUGAAGUCAGUGUCAUGAGCAUGCAGGUUGUGUACUCUCAGCAUUGACCUUCUGAAUCCUGGAACUGUGCUUGACAGCAACAGAGGAACAGAUGUCAGCAAGCUGCAAGUUUGUGAAGACCUCAGAUUAGCAUUUGAUAUUAAGGAUCCAUUGUGGAUGAAUCUUUAUUUGCCGGACCAGCGUUUAGCCAGCGUCCAGCAUCUCCAUUGGGAGCAGGACAGUUUUGACGAUGGCGUUGUACAUGCAAUAUCGCUUAUACAAUGAGGACAGAAAUUUGCUUCGAAUUAGAGAACGGGAGAGGAGAAACCAAGAAAUUCAUCUCGACAAAGAACCCUUCCUUGAAAAUACCCCUCUCUUUGGCGAGCCAUACAAGACCGAUAAAGGGGAUGAACUUUCCAGUCGUAUUCAGAAUAUGCUGGGCAACUACGAUGAGAUGAAGGAUCUAAUAAGUAAUAAGUCGCAUCAGAACCUCAUUGGCAUACCAAAAGGUGGAGUCAGUGUCAUGUCUCAAGAAAAGAAUCAGAGGUCAUUUGGUCCAGAGAAAAACAAUACUUUAAUGCAAGCUUCUGUUCAUAGCAACAAUCCCUGCUCAAUGGGACCUCCCACCUCGGUUCCAGCUGCAGGUAGCUGCUCUUCUCAAAAUCAGAAAAAGACUGCAUUGGUGGAACAGAACAUCCAAAGCUCCAGCCAUAACACUAAAAGCUCAUUUCACAGCCGAAGCCAAGUUAAGGACAGCUGCCACAGUGGUCAGGAAAGUUACAGAAACCAUCACGGGAGAAAUGAACAGCAAACGGACACAGACAAUCAUGCCCAGGACCUGUCAUCUCAACUGCAGCAAUUUCAACCACUGUUGCCAUUGUCUUCACCAAUACUACCCUUGUCUCCCAUACCAUCAUUAUCCCCCAUACAUUCCAGUGAGUUUACCAAUUCCAAGAUCCCAACUAGCAAUAAUCAUAACAAAGACUGCCCUCCAACAAAAUCUCCUCAAGAUCUGGAUUUACACUCCUGUGAUCCUGAGAGCUUGUCCUCUGGUCCGAAUGUUCCUGUCCCCAGCCAACAUUCAUCUCAAACAUUUCCAUCGUGUUUACCAUCAAAACCAAAUAUGAUGCAGCAGAAGCCUACAGCAUAUGUAAGACCUAUGGAUGGGCAAGACCAAAUCCCUAGUGAAUCUCCAGAACUGAAACCUACUUCAGAGGAUUACAACAGCGAAUCGUACGGAAACAUAGCUGAGAUGAAAGCAUGUGCCAGGGCAAAGCUGUCCAAGCUUAAAAUUCCUUCUCAGCCAACUCAGGAAACAUUAUCUAAUGAAGCCAACUGUGUUGAAGAAAUUCUCAAGGAAAUGACCCAUUCUUGGCCUCCUCCUCUGACUGCCAUACACACGCCGAGUACAGCCGAACCCUCCAAAUUCCCUUUCCCGACCAAGGAUAUCCAGCAGGUCCCUUCUGGCUUUGUCGGGCACAAGAAAUGUGAGACUCUUCCUAAAACAUCAAGUUCUCAAGCUGCAAACACGACACUUGAGGAUGACCUGCAGCUCAGCAGUAGUGACGACAGUGAUGGAGACCAGGUCCUGGAAAAAACAGAACCCAUGUCUGAUUCUAAGAGUGCUUCCUCUCUCUCCCAGAAUAACUGCGUGCUGUCGAAACAUUCCAGCGUAGGCUUAAACAACUUGAGUGAAUCAGAUAGUUCUUCGGGCUCAGAUUCCGAGAGUGAAAGCAGCUCCAGUGAAGGUGAAGGGAACGAAACGUCACGGACCACUUCCCCUGAGCCUGAUCCUCCACCAGCAAACAAGUGGCAACUUGAUAACUGGCUGAACAAGGUGAACCAGCCAACUGCACCUUCAGAGAACCACAGUGAAUUGUUGGAUAGCCACAGUUCCCAGGACAGCCAGAGAUCUGAGACUAAGGAGAAUUGUGAGUACAUUGGUUCCAGCAGAGAGCCAAGGACUAUACAGGAGGCUUCUCGUGACACAAGUAACUGGCACACAUCAACCCCCAGUAACAGUGGGGUUCAACGACAGACUGUGGCUAAAAAGCAGCCCAAGAAGCCUGGUAAGACAGUUGCAUUUGACGAAAAUGGAGGAGACCUGAGAGCUGAGGCUGCACCUUGCACGUACGGUGGUAAAGACCAGUCUUCCACAGAACAGCACAAAGUAAAACUAAAAGAGGGGCAGAAGUCCAGUGGAAAAAAGGAGUCAAAGUCUUUGGCCAGGAUUUCGUCUGAAAGGAUAAAGCACAAAUGUCCAAUUCAGACUGCUCCUAAAUCCAGGGAAUAUGUCGAUACGGAUUCCUCUUGCACAGGCCUAGGUACAGAUAAAGAAGAGCCACAUCCAUGUUCCAAUCUGGCUCCUGCUGCCCCCGUCCCUCUGAGACAGGAACCCAGUGAAAAUGGGACAAGCGUCAGUAAACCUGCCAGGGAGGUAAACAGGACUAACCUCCAUAAAUCUGCUGGUGUGGCUGGGAAGGUCACUGCACCUGCCAGUGAGGUCAAGGAACUAAAUGGAAUUUAUCUCCACAAACCAGCCAGCAAAGUCAAAGAAGUCACACGGAUCAACGUUAGUAAACCAGCCAUUGAAGCGAAGGAGGCAAUUCCGACUAACCUUAAUAAACUUGCCACUGACGUCAAGAUAGGAAACCGAACGAGCAGCAGUAAAGCUACCGCCAGUGAGGUUGGGAAGGGAAACCGAUCUAGGUCAAAUAAAUCUGUUUGUGAGGUGAAGGACAACCUUCUGGGUGGGCCGAUUUUUCCUACUGUGGGAGAUGGGAAAUUGCUGUCCCCAAUAAGAGACCAUGAGGUUCCCUGGCCUUUGGUGGUCAAAAUUGACUUGAGUUUACUUUCGAGGAUCCCAUCAUUGCCUGGUAAAGCGAGCCAUCAGUCCAAGAACAGCACUAUGGAAUGUACUGCACAGAAGAGUCGGGAAGGAGUGAAGGGAAGCACAGAGAAGUCAUCCAGCAAGGCCAAGAGAAAGCACAAGAUCGACGGGGAAGAGUGCAGCGAGGGCAAAAAGCAACGACUGGACAAAGAAAACAAGUUGUGCUCUUCAGGCUCCAAGGAACCCAGUAACAAGCGAGUUUCGAACUCUUCCUCUGAGAAGGAAAAGAAACCAUUUCUACCCCCACCUCCAUCUCCUGUGCAAAAACCAGCAAAGGUUGCCCACAAGCGGCACAACAGUGGAAGUAGCACGUCCAGCCAGGUUUCUGCAUCGAGUGCCAGUGACACCAAGAUUAACAACAGCAAAAGUAACUCCUUGUCCAGAUCAUCUUCUUCCAAGCACAAAAGAAUGGAGGAUAAGCGCUCUGGACACUUGAAAACCAAGGUAUCUUCCCAGUGUAAAGCAAGCAAUGCCCUUCCAGAACAAGCACUGCCGAAUGGAAACUCUAAACCAGCAAGACCCAUACUCAAGUUUGAUGACAAGCAAUAUCCAGUAGAGCACCACUUGCGGGAAGCCAAAAAAAUAAAGCACAAAGCUGAUGUCAUGGCGGACAAGAUUGGGAAAGCUUUCAACUACUUAGAUGCUGCACUGUCAUUUAUUGAGAGUGGGAUUGCUAUGGAACAUGAGGCACAACCACCGAAGUCUGCUUACACCAUGUUUUCGGAAACGGUGGACUUGAUCAAAUACACAAUGAAACUGAAAAAAUUCACAGACUCUUCAGCAACUACUAUAGAGAAAAUAUUUGUAGUAUUGUGUAUCCGCUGCCAGUCGCUGCUCUACAUGGCAAUGUUCCGAUUUAAGAAAGACACGGCUGUGAAAUACUCCCGGACCUUAACCGAACAUUUCAAAGGUUCUUCCAGAACAGCUCAAGCUCCGUCUCCUUGUGUUGCCAGAAGCACUGGCACGCCUUCUCCGCUCUCUCAGACGCCAUCCCCUGCCAGUUCUGCAGGCUCCCAGCCAGGAUCAAAUGUCAGUAGUGGUGCAAGCACAUCAUCUGUUGCCAUUCCACAAACGAUCCAUCAGCUGGCUUCCACCUACGUCAACAUCACCUCCCUCUUCCUUUGCGGCCAUGACCUGUGGGAACAAGCAGAUGCACUAGCAAAAAAACACAGGGAAUUUUUUCUGCAGCUGGAUGCAGCAGUAGGCCCUUUAGUCAUGACCAGCAGCAUGGCUGAACUUGUGCACUGCACCAGACAAGGUUUACACUGGCUGCGGAUGGAUGCAAAGUUGCUAUAACAAGUGCUGGAAUGGGGUUCUUACACCAGCCUGUUUUGUCCUUCAGCGAGCAGCACAAGAUUGCAGACUACACUGUGCGUGUUUCUUUUGUGGGGAGUGGGGAAGGUCAAUUUGCAGGAUUCCCUGUGUGGAGUAGAUCGGCACUGAAUUAUGGCAAAAAAACCAGACUGAAGCUUCAAGGAUUCAAUUUACACUUCGUGAGCAAAAGUGCAAUUUGGUCCCCCUCUUUCCCUCUCUCCCUCUCUUGUCACCCUCUCCCCACCCACCCUCCAAAACUCAGAGCUAGCAAUGCACAUCUCUUUGUUGAAGUGUCCUUGAAUGUCAAAAGGGCUGAAGAAGCCUUCUGUGAGUCUGUAUUAAGGCCAGGAAAGCAGCAGUAAGCUGUUGCCUUCUCUUAUCUCACUAGCAGUGAUGUAAGUAUUGUGCAUUAACUGCAUUAAUGUAGAAGAACACUUAACAGCUAAAGAAUGUUGUAUUCUGUCACCUGGACAUGUUACAGUGACUUCCUGGACAGCUGACAGUCGAAGUGAAUUUAAAUGCGUCGCCAUUUGUUGUUACACUAGGAGCUGUGAAAGACUAUUUUUUGUGUGUGUUUAAUUUUCAUUUGUUACAUCCAUAUUUACUGCCAUUUCUUUACUAUUUAUUCAAAACAAUUUUUCUCUCUGGACCUAGGUACUCCUACCAAUGUGUUUGACAGAAUGAAGCACAGGUUUGGCUGUGUGCGGUAGGAGGGGUUGACAAGUUAUGUGCUCUGUUUAACAAUUGCUUGCUCUCUACAUAAUUCAGAUUUAAAAUAACGUGCAGCUCCUCCUUCACAGAAUGAUCUAUUAAAUGUUCAGCGUGCCUUAGAUAUUCUACUAUGUAAAUCAGCAGUUGUUUCUAGCUGUAGAUAAAAUGCUGCUCUAUGGAAUUGGACUGAGGAAACUUUAUGAAAAGUGUGUUGAAUUGCGGUCCAGUUUACAGGACACGAGUGCAGUUUGUUUCCCACGUGGUUGUCCUUGUGUGUAAUGAGGAUUUUACACAGGUCACUUUUUCAGAAGUGUUUUGUUCCCUGUAGAACAGACUUGUCCUGAGCAAAGGCAAGCAAAGGGUUUGAGUAUGAAAUUAUUCUUUUCAGAGGCAUUUUCUAUGUGCAGGGGUGCGGGGAGGGUGUUUAUAUUUAAAAAAAUCAUGGAGCCUUAGAAGACAUCUAAAUAUCUGCCCCCAGCAUUAGUUUUCUUUUUUUUUAAUCUCUAUUGCUACAAAUUUGAGAGAAAAUCUUCUUGAUUGCUGUAGGUUAUCAGCAUUGCCGGAAAAAAUCCUUCUCGGAUAUGUGGGAAUUUUCGGCAAAACACUGCAAACCUGUUGGCAAUGCACGAGCGUGGAAAAUAUCAAGCUGGGCUGUUUUUCUUUUUGCUCAUCCCUAGUCUCGACAAUGCUGACUGGAUUGGCUCCCGUGUGCUCAUAAAGCCCCACUGGCUUGCAGCAACUCCUGCUUCUAAUUAAUGUUACUGGAAUUAAUUUUAUUUGAAAUUGUACUUGCACAUGUAUUUUUGCUGGUUGGAAUUGCUGCAGAAAUGCUCGAGAGUUUAUGUAUUAUAUACACAGUAAAACCAAGUGAAAUCGCAAACCCAGCACUGGCUGAUCAUUGAGAUGAAUGGGGAAGAAGGUUCCUUGUAGAUGACUGCCCAGCAAGCUGUCCUGUGGCCAUAUUCUGCAGAUGGCUCAGAAAUUCAUUGUUGCCAGUGCUAUCACAAG